AUAGGACUGCUCAGCGACGGGGUCCAGCCUCGCAAAUGCCGAGUGGGUGCUCGGCCACCGGCGCAUUUUCGGUUCUCCCACUUGGCUUUUGGUGGGUCCGACUCACAUGUACAGAGAAGCCACAAAGAAAAGAGUGCGCAAGGACCCAAUUAUAAAUGGAAUCUUUUGUUCGGGUCGGGUGCCAAACAACAGGCAGCAAUCAUCUACGGCUACAUGGAGGUGAUGGCUCGGAACGGGUGGGUCCCGACGCUGGAGCCCGUUGGCUACCGGGAAGCGACAAAGGUGUGUCUUCUCUGGGCACCCAACGCAUACUUACCAGAGAGAGAGAGAGGACGACCGAAAGGACGACAGAAUAGCCACGAACAAAACCAGAAUCGCGAGGAUAAGGUGGUAACCAAGCAGAGGCCACAGACGUUGGAUGCACUUUUUGCAGAUAUGAAGCAGCAGAGGAUGAGGUUGAUGACCCAGCAAGCAUAUCGUGGUAAUGGCCAUCAACCUGCACGAAAGCGAAAUGCCCUGCACCAACAUCGUGGCAGAGGCAGAUCACCAAGUGGCUUCACGCAACACUGGUUAGACAGUGUGCAAGGAGGAUCCAUCCUGUUCUAUCUCCAACUUCACUUGUCUUUUCUAAUGCAUCGAAGCAACCGAGCAAGAAGUAUCACUAAGAGGUUCUUCCGUCUUCACAAACCUUCCUCGUACCUUCGGUUGGCUAUCUGCAAGAGCCUCCCUGCGAGCAUACUGCAAAACACCAGACUUGCAUCACUUUGCAGAACUUGCGGUCUGGUUGAAAAAUGCAAGUUAAAAUUAGCACAAGGAUGGAACAAACAUGGACUUUUGCUUUAUCAGCAGCAACAGAGGUUCAGAAGUUUUAUGGAUCAGUCACUGUUCUUAAGACUUUGCUUCCGUAAGAAAGAAACUAUGCGGGGAACACAAGGAGAAAGAAAAGAAAUCAGGAACUUCUCAAUGGAAGAACAUUGGCUGUUGUCUUCCCUGUCCCCGUGCUUUUCUUGCCAAGAUUCUGCCAUAAAAGCUCAAUAAUUGGAGAAGUUGCCGAAGAAUCUUAAUCAUUUCCACUAAGUGCUUAAGCUGGAAGAAGUGAUGGCCAAGACAAGAAGAGAAUGGCUUGAAGAACUCCAACUACCGUAAGAAAAGGAAGAGAAAAAAGACAGAUUUAAUACACUGGAAAGCAGAUCAUGAAGGAAAAGGUAGGCAUAUGCUGUCUUCCAAUUGGACCAAAGGAUCCAGAUUCUUCAUCUGACGUGGCUGAGUGAGGCCGAUGGCUUCACCUGUUUCCCCGCCUGAUGACCUGAAAAAGAUGGUAUCCAAAAAUGGUGGGGACGAGAUAUUGUGGACUCUAUUUCCAUACAAACUCAAGAUAUGCUUUUCAGACUCUAUUUAUUGACAAUCGGGUAUCAUCGAGGAAUUUGUGCAAAUCUACUGUAAAUGCUGGUUGAUCCCCGGAGUUAUAAAUGGAAAGAUUUUACGAUAUCAUUUGUUAUUUUUUCUUAAUUUUCUUUAUUAAGUUACUAAAUAAAGGGAAAAUUUUGAUGAGCAUGGUAGGUUGGUCAAUGGCAAAAAGGAAGAGGAAAAAGGACAUGAACUCUAAGCAGGGAAAGGAGAGGAGAACAGGAGUGGGAAUCUAACAGAUCAAUCCACUUGUAAGAGAGUUGUGAAGAGUGUGAGUUGCAAUGGGAUUGGAAGCUUAACAAAGGACAACACCUCCAAAACCCAAACAUGAAUGAAUAGUUGGGAGGUGUGUGGGUUGUGAUGAGGUUGACAGCUUGACAAAGAGAACUUGUGCUUUUGAUUGAGCCUUCCCUGCCAUUACUUUGUUCCUCUUAUUUCUUCUGCCUGUUGAUGCGUAUCCACCAUUGAUGGCACCAACUCAGGUUAUGUUCUUCUCGGAAGUGCUUCCUUGAUGAGCUCGAGGCUGUCAGCAAAGUCAUCCAAGAGCUGGUGAGGGUCAGGUAUGGCCAAUUCAUCCACUGCCAGAACUACUUUCAUGGUGUUCAUGUAACUCAUAAGAGUAACUGUGAGUGCCUGCCGAAAUGUUUCUAAUGGUGAAGAUGUCUACAUCGUGGAUAAGUUACCUGAUCAAAAAUUAUAUAGCAUGUAAAAGUAAUGCAACGACUGCCCGUAAAAACAGAUGCAGUUUGCAUGAAAUGAGAAUUGAAAGAGAGAUACAAAACUAUUUUUGUGGGGGCAGAUAGAAAGAGAGCUAAAGAAUUAUCACAUUGAUGAGAAUUGAAAGAGUCGGAUUAACAAGGUUAAGUUUGAUUCAUAACU